GGCUUCGAGCCCGACACGACGCACCUGGAACUUUAAGCGAGCGCAUAUCCUUUUUAAAAAAUAUCCUUUGAUUAUAACGAAUCAAAAAACUCAAUCGACGAGGAUCGUAUGUGCCAAUUGUGUUUUCUCAGCUGAAAAAUAUCCCAAGUGAAUUUCUUAUCGACAAUUGCCUUUGAUAAGGAGAAAGGAAGAAUUGGACGAAAUUAAUCCGAAAACAGAUUAUUGGCAUUAGACUUUUAGACGACGAGAGGAGCAGAAGCGAAUCACGAAAAUGGUGGUCAGCACGGAAUCCAGCGGUCCGCCCAAGAGCAGGAAAAAGAGGCCCGCCGGAAGCAAAAGUCGUCGAUCAUCCUCAUCCAGCGCCUCCGCUGAUAAGCAGCAGCCGGAGGCUUACCUCUACGACCAACCGCGGAAUAUCACCGAAUCGCUUCAAGUUGUCAAUGAAGAAGAUCAUCUCUAUGACGUCGUCAAGCCCCGCGGAGAACCCGUUGGCGAUAACACCUACCAGAAUGUGGUCCUGUCGUCCGACAGCCGGGCAGUUUACCAAAACAUGGAUGACAUUUACGACAAGCCCGUUCGCAAGAGCAAGAGCAAGAAGGCUUCCCUGGUGGUCCAGUCGCAUUAUCAGAAUUUGACGUUCGACGAUCACGACGGGCGCAAUCAGCAUGAAGCCGACGAGGAAGAUGAGGAUCACACAUACCUCAACAUCCGCACGUAUGACAUUCCGCGUUCCGCCACCAAUAUCUACGAUCAGCCGCGAAUCAACGGCGGCAGCAGCGCCGCCAACGCCGCUGGAGGCAACAACCUCAAUCACGUCAACAACAACAACAAUCUGCCGCCUCUGGACAGUGAUUACGACUACCCCAAAGGCUUGAUUCCGCUCUCUGCACGUCUGCUGCUCAACGCCAGCCGCAAGCACCUUCACCAUUACGACGCCGAUUCGCUGGACGGCGAUCAAUCACCCGACCAUGAUAUCGACGACGGACUAACUGAACUGCGGUCGGGAUCAUCGCCCGACGAAGGCAUCGGUACAGAACUGGAUUCCCCUAAAGGAUUGGGGGUUAUCACCGAGGAGGAACAGGACGAAGAAGGAGAAGCAGCACUGGGGGUGGUCGACUGCCCCGAAGAGAACUGCUACUCGAAUGUCAUGAUGAUCCAGCCGAGGAAGAAGAAGAGCCGAAACAAGUCGAGCGGCAAGAGCAAGACACCUCGCGAACAGCCGCCGAUACCCGUCACCGAUGAAACGGUUGUCCUCCUAACGACAAACAGCGUUUUACCAGUAAAAGAAGGGGAUCCAGCCGCCCAGGAGGAACGAAUUCAAAAGGACAGAUGCAUCGAAGUUUAUUGCGAGACACUGCGACAGAGAAACAGUCACAAAGCCUCAAAGGCCAAUGCACGCGAGUUGGUGAGCGUGCAGUCAUCCAAGGACCACAACAUGGAUUACAAUUCCACAAUCCGCCGAAUGAAGAAAUUCCUGCCGUCUGUCAAAGUUUUGCGCCACCAGUUUGAAUCGAAAAAUGUCCUCAUCCAAAGUGAAGUGAAAUUGAAACCUGGGAAGAAUGCUGCCAAGCUGAGCGAGGCUGUUAAGGAUCCGUCAGCAUCCGUCCGCAAGUGGAAAUCGACCAGCAACUUUCAUCAGCAAGAUUCCGCGUCGUCGACGGAAGCGGAGCGCAGCCGGAGCAGCAGCCUCGGCAGCCUGGACGAAAUCACCAGCACCACAAGUUCGGCCAGCAGCUCGGGACAGGGUAGUUCCGGCAGCUCGACCAGCGGUCACCAUUCGUCCGCCACUAUUCCGGAAAAUGCAGCCCCCAAAAAGGAUCAUUCCUCAUCGGUCAUCAGCCUCAUCCAGCCCAUCAUUUCAAUUGACUCUGACGACAAAGAAAAGGAUUACGACAUGUACCGACCUCGUCAUUCGACCGCCCUAUGGAAUCCGACAUCCCUGCUGGACGAUUUGUAUAAAAUCCAAGAACCUGCGUCGGAUGAAAUGAACGCAGACGAUCAGCAGAGUGUCGUGGCUAUCGAAGGCGCUCUGGAUAAAUUGCCAUCCGGACGCCGUAAGGCGACAUUCUGGAAUGCUUGGAAGCGCAGAUUCUUCCAAGCCAAGGAUGGUUACCUUUAUUGUCACCAAAACAGUCAAUCGGAAAAGCCCAAUAUCAUUUUCCAGCUGGUUGGCGGCCAAGUUGAAAUCGAUAAUAACAUGAUCAGCAUCGAUGACGGGAAAGGACAUUACAUGGUUGUCAGGGGAAGUACGAAAACGGAAGCGGAACGCUGGUACCAGGCGCUAUUGACUCACGUCAACUACAAGGGAAACUCUCUGCUUCACGCUUACGUCCGACCGCAAGCCAUCCCCAAGGAACCGAAACUAUUCAAGGACAUUGUCGUUCUCGAUUUGGGCUCAUCGUCCGUUAGAGCUGGCAUUCUCUCCACUCAGGCCACUCUACCUCAGGUGUUCUUCCCGUCGGUGGCGGCCAUCGACAAGACGAGCGGUCACUAUGUGGCUUUCGGUGCUCAGGCCGUUCUGCCCGAUGUGAGGGCCAAUAGCACACUCGCCCAUCCAUUGCGUUCACCCAAAAUCUCCAAGUUUAUGCUCGAUAUGGAAGGAGUGGCCGGUCUCAUCCGCAUGGCUUUCAAACAGCUGAACAUUGAGCCAUCCUCUUACGGAAUUCAGGUGAGCGUACCGAAACAUCUGAACCACGCCACUCAAGCGGAAUUGGUCCGCGUUUUAUUCGACGAUUUUGGUCUUCAGUCGGUCAAUCUGACCCACCAAUCCGUGUUGAGCAUGUUGUCGUACAAUUCCACGUCGGGAAUUGUUGUCGACAUCGGGGAGAGGAUCGACAUCGUGCCCAUCAUGGACGGCUACAUGUUGGAGUCGAGCGCUUCGCAGGUGCCGUACGGAGGCCAGCAAUUGGUCGAUCACUUGCGCCAUUUCCUCGUCCAGCAACGCUGCUCCCUUUUCACCGACGUUGAAUCUUACCUGAUCCGUCACGUGCUGGAGAAACUGGCUUACGUGGCCGGGCCGGACACUAAUUCCUACAACGCCGAACUGAAUAAAGCAAAGAGUGAUCCAUCCUCCAUCAGGGAUUCCGUCGAUUUGAAACCUUUCAGCAACGGCCAACUUCCCUGGGAUGAAAUUUCACUGGAACUGGGUCGUUUCCAAGUAACCGAAGGUCUUUUCCAUCCCGAGGCUUGGGGUUUGGACAAUCCCGGAAUUCAAAAACUCGUUCACAAGGCCAUCCAAGAUUGCAGUGUGGACAUUCGUAAAGAAAUGGUGCGCAGUAUCUUUCUAAGCGGUGGCGUCACCCUACUGCCCAACUUUCCCGAACGGCUCGAGGCUGAAAUAGAUCGAAUCACUCCAUCGCAUCUCAUUCCAAAAGUCCACGCUUCGCCGUAUCGCUACCACGCUGCCUACCUGGGCGCUUGUGUUUUGAGUAACUCGUCGACCUACGAGCAAUCGAAAAUCAGCCGAGACGAAUGGCGAACUAACGGCCCCGACAGUGUCCGUAAAUGGAAACCUUAAAACAUUUCUAAAAUAGUUUCACCCUGUUGGUUUUUUGUUUUCAAAAUCCCAUUUCAAUUUUUAAGUAUAUAUUUAAGAAAAGCUAAGAAUCGAUUCGUGCUGGUCUUUACCCGUCCGCGCCCAAUUUCCCUUUGUUUAAAGAUGGAUUAUUAUACAAUCGAAAUAUGAACAUCGUACUCGGUAGAGGUGGGCGGUUUCCUCCACAAAGAAAAAUGAAUUUUUUUUUUUUUUUAAUGCCGAUUACAGUCUGAAUUUUCUACCUUCUUUUCCUGCAGAGUGUAUCAUACAUACCGCUUCGUUUCUAUUGAGAGGGAACAAAUAAAAUUGCUUUCGAAAAGGCUGCACAACCCUUUGAUUUUAUUCGUCAAAGAAAAUGAACAGACUUCCUUGUGAGUGGCUGAAGAGGAUAAUGUGGUUUUGUUGAAUGUGAAAGCAAACAAACGGGUGGAGACAGUCGCAAGUCGGCGGUAUAAAAUAAAAACCAAGAAAAAGACCCAUUCUCCUUUCUCGGAGAAAAUAGUGUGGAACAAAGGACCGAAGGAUGA